GUCACGUCAAUUUGAAUUUGACGUAUCGUUUAAGAAAGGAUUUGAUUUGAAGGUGUAUUCAAAAGUUUUAGAUAUUCUUAAUCGGUUUGCACAAUUAAUUGGUUCGGUUUGUUAUACAACUUUAGUUAUUAGAAUUAGUGAUGGCACCAUCGGAUCCUCAAAUUCCUCAAACGAUGCCAUCGUGUCCAACACCAAAUCCACGGAAUAUCCCUGUUAUGUUCAAGAUUUUCCAAAAUGUUCAAUACAAUGUUGUUCAACACAAAAAAUACGUUAAGGAAAUGACAAAACUGUAUAAAAAGACUGAACAAGAUGCAUUCCGAGAGAGCUUCAGGAAUGCCCUACAAUACUUAUUUACAUUUGGAGACACCAGUGCUAAUGUAGACAGAGUUAUACAAUUUGUUGCGACAUUUUGCACGAGCCUGGAUGAUGAAGAAGAAUUUCUUAUGUUCAUAUUUGAUAUCAUUUUCGAUUUUCAAUGUGUCUCCGGACAAUCUGUAAGAUAUCGUGCGAGCCAGUUACUCGCUACUGUGCUUGCUGCUCUGGGUAAUGAUGCAUCUCUUGAUGAUGAUCUUUGUGACAAACUACUUGCUUCACAGAUGCAAAGAUUACAAGAUACUAGAGGUGCUGUACGGUGUCGGGCCGGUCUGGCGUUACAGCGCCUCCAAAAUCCUAUGGAUCCUGAUGAUGAGGUAACCAGAGCGUACCGAUUCCAUAUGAGCUGUGACCCUAGUUCUUCUGUUAGAAGAGCGAUAGUAAUGUCAAUAGCAAAGUGCACUCGUAACGUACCGUUUGUGUUGGAGCGGCUCUGCGAUGUGGACGAGGCGGUGCGCCGCGCGGCCUUCCUCUACAUCUCCGCUAUGAAUGUUACACAGCUUAGAGUCAGACAGAGAGUGCUCACUCUUAAGGUGGGACUUACUGAACGUAGUGUAAGAGUACGUCGGGUGGUAGAAGAGAUCUUAAUACCAGCGUGGUUGAGUUCAUUUGAAGGCAACAUAGUACAUUUGUUGAAAGCUAUACGUUUAGACAACGCCCUUGAUGCUAAAGACUCUCAGUAUGUUGCUGGCAAACUACUGGAGUCACUUUUCAAACGUUUACCAAUAUCAGAGUUAUUGGAAUGGCUGCCAACAGACAAGACUAUGAGGCUGAUUCCCGCUGAGAAGUUGAACAAGGAGACGGCAUGGUACUGGCGCCAUCUUGCGGAACAUUUACAGAGUAUCGAUGAUGAUGAGACAUUGCAAACAGUGUUGCCAGAUUUAGUUGUACUUACCGGAUAUAUUAGAGCUAUAGUAGAGUCUCCAAGCCCUUCGGAAUCCGAAGAUCCUGUCGGGUUCAGCACGCGGCAGUACGUGCUGCAGGAGUUGGGGCUGAUGCUGCGAGUGUACGAUGUAUCUGAUCCCGCCGGCAGGAGUUCUUUACAGGAUCUUAUCGCCGAUGUACUCACUGGUGACUAUGGCCCGUUAAAUCCAGAAGUACUGCGUGCAUUCGUGAUGGCACUAGAGUUGGUAGUUCCUGACGUGUCAGCGCGUAUGGAGGCCGUCAACACUAUGAUAUCGGCACUACGCGACCCUGAGGAGGUGGAGGUGUCUCCAGCUCCACUACCUCCAGCUAUGGAGUGCACGGAGGUCAAGUUGCAGAGAGCUAGAUUACGUGUGUCUCUGAAUGUGGCAAUGGAAGCGCAGGAGGAGGCGGUCAGGGAACAGAACUACGCUCUCGCCGCGGAAUGCAAAGCCAAGGUUGAAGAUAUACAGAAAAAGUUGGAAGACUUAAAUAUCCAACCUGCACCACCACCGCCACCCAUUUUAACAACCAUCAAAGAAAGUAAAACAGACGAAGCCACAUUGAAUAAGUGUCUCGUUAUAUUAAAUGCUGCUUUGGAUACGCCACAAUUGACAACAUUGACGCCUAUUCUACGGAUGAUAUUUAAAGAAUUAGAGGUUGAGAUAUUUAAAAACAUUGAAAUACAGAUAAACGCUCUAGAGACAGUCGCACUGUAUGCGAUGUUAGACAAAGAGUUUGCGAAAGAGUACAAAUCAUUUUUCUUUGCUAAAUUAAUAGACACAAGUAAUGAGCCCUUAGUAACAACAGCUCUCCGUUGCGUUAUGGAUUUACUAUGUGUACACGGAGUCACAGUAUUUGAUGACGAAGCGGAUGCUGCCAAAGAAGAUUCUAGAAUGAAGAAGAGGCGUACCACUAACCGUACUAUUGAAGAUACUGAGGAUGAAGAGAGUAUAUCUGAGUCAGUGCUAUAUUUAAGUCCAACACACAGUACUGUUAUAAAAGUAUUACUGCAACUAAUGGACAGCUCAUGUGCAACAUUUAGACUUAUAAUAGUUGAAGGAUUUUGUCGACUCAUUCAUCUUGGUCAUUUGGAAUCCCCGUCUAUACUGAGCAGAUUAUUGUUGCUGUGGUUCAAUCCAGCUACAGCGGAUGAAGAUAUGCUGCGUCAAAUUAUCGGAGUUUUCUUCCAAACCUACCCUAUUAGUGUUGACGGAGCCCAGGAACAAAUACAGAAAGCAACAUUACCUACAUUACGAGCGUUAGCUAACGCACCUUCAUCCUCGCCUAUUGCUGAAAUAGAUCAAGAAGCUGUGGUCCGGUUUAUCGUCUCACUAACGAGAGUUAACCAUGAAUUAAUUGACAGUCAAGGCGGGAUGGCUGUCACGCUGUGCGGCGCGCUGUCACGCUGCCCGUCACGGCCGGAGGCGCCGCUGGCGUGUCGCGUGCUCGCGCUACUGUCGCCCCCGCGUGACGCUCAGGUCGCUGCAGACCUCGCUAACACGCUGCGGGAUCUCAUAAAGAACCUGACGGAAAAGCAAUCUACACGUAACUUAAUGAGAUAUCUUGGCUCCUUAGAAGCUAUGGAACGUUCCUCCUUGAAUAAGAUAUCUACUACAGUUGCAUCAGAAGGAACAUUUCAAGGUGAAGACAGUUUAACUCAAACAAGACGAACUACGACUUCAUUACCUCAACCGAUUGGUCGCAGUACACAUGUUGUUAUUAACGAGACGCUCGAAGAAGAACCAGAAAUCGACGAGACAUCGCCAACUGAAAUGCCUUCUAAAAUCUCCCAUGUGCCUGAACAUACAAACAUCAGCAUUCAAUCAGCUAAAAAGUCAACUGAGUCUGAUAAUAGUCCUGGUGCAGAUCCUAACGAGGUUCAUUCAGACAGCAGUGGAGUAUCACCUGUUAAGAAACCUAAAGUUGCUAAAGGAAAGAAAAAGAAGUCAACAAAUAAGAGAACAGAAAACAGUAACACUGAAAAGAAGACACAGAGCAAAAAGAAGACUAGUAAAGAGAAAGAAGAAGUAAAAGAGACGGAAAAAGGCAUAAAAAGGACUAGAUCGCAACGAUCUAUAGAAGAUGUAGACAGAGGAAAACAACAAGUAUCCAAAGGUAAAAAGAAGACAUCGUCCAAGUCUCCAUCUCUUUCUCCCGUGGACGAUCAAGACAGGUCUAACGUGAGUGUGAGAAGGACAAGAAAUACGCGCUCCUCCACCUCAACUUGUGAGUCACCGUCGAGUGGAGAAAAGAGUGACAAGAGUGAUAAGAAACAAGAAACUAAAACAGGUAUUUACCAAGUUUAA